UUUAUGGAUUUCCUGACUUUAUCCUUUUGAUAUGCAGUUGGGAUUGGAGGAAGGAAAAUGGGUAAAACAAGGAAAAAUAGGGAGUGACGCAGAGGUCGAUCGGAAUUCCGAUUUUUGAAAAUUUGACUUGAUUUCCGAGUUCCGACUUUUGAGCCAUUUCUUAUUUCCGACAGUUCCGAUUCACGGCGCCUUUGUCAUUUCCGAGCGACCUCUGGAGAGUAAAGCAAGACCAGUAUCGGACCCCUAAAUGACGCUAUUCUACUUUAUAUUUUAGUCUCCCUUAUGAUCGAAUCUUAAAUCCUCCUCUAUGGUCAUCCAUUUAAUCCCCAUUCUGAUUUAUUAAGCAAUUCAUUGGGCAUAAGAACUCGGAAUAACCCCCUAAUUUUACUUGGGGAAGGGAAAACUUUAUUAUUUUUUAUUACUGCUUUUAUUUUUCAAAUAAAUAUUUGUCUUGAUUUAUUUUUUAAAAAAUUUUAAUUUUCUCGUUUAUUCGAUGCAUAUUUUCAUUUAAAAAAUUACUAAAUUUUUAAAAAAGAUUUUAAGAAUGCUUAAAUUGUUAAAAACUUUGCGGAUUAAUUCUUUGCGUCAAUUGAGCAAGUUUGCUUCAGCCAAUGAAGCUUUGGAACAACGCGGGGAUGUUUUAAAUUUGUCAGAACUUUCUAAUGGACUUCGUGUUGCUUCAAGUUUGAACAGUCGACCGACUACUACGAUUGGUGUUUGGAUCGCUGGCGGUUCCCAACUUGAAACCAACGAAAAUAAUGGUGUGGCUACUGUUUUUGAAAAUAUUGUUCACAUGGGCUCAACAAAGCGUACUUCUGUUGAUCUUCAAAAAGAUCUUUCAAAAAUUGGAGCAAGUUUGUUUUCGUAUACAUCAAGAGAGCACUCCACAUUUUUUGUUGAAUGUUUUCCUAAUGAUGUUGAGAAAGUUGUUGAAAUUCUUUCUGAUGUUUUGACAAAUACAAAUAUUGAACAAUCCAAAUUAGAACAACAGAGAGCCGAUGCUCUCAAACGUUUAGAUUCUUAUGAAGAUGAAAAUCGACAAGGAGUUGUUAUGGAUUAUCUUCAUAUGACCGCUUUUCAAGGAACUACAAUGGCUCAUUCUCCUCUUGGAAACUCCAAAGCUUUAGAGUCAUUGGAUGUGAAGACUUUGGCUGAUUUCAAGGCUGAUCUUUGCAAGCCCGUUCGAAUGGUUUUGUCUUGUGCUGGUGGGGGAUUUAAUCAUGAUACUCUUCACAGAAUUGCCGAAAAACAUUUUGGGCAUCUUAGCAAUAGUUAUGACCGCAAAGUUCCUUCUGGAUUUUUACCAACAAGCCGUUCUGGAUUAGAUUAUAUCCCAGCACCUCGCAUUCGCUUUACCGGUUCAGAAUUUCUUUAUCGUGAUGAUAGUUAUCCUUAUAUGUUUGGCGCUUUGGCUGUUGAAGGAGUAUCUAGAGGACAUAUGGAUUAUUUACCUUUGGAGGUUGCCAAAACUUUCUUUGGACAGUGGGACAAAACUUAUGCGGCUUCGUUAAACGCCCCUUCAUUAAUUAUUCAAAAAGCGGCGGCAGAAGAGGAAAUGUUGGGAUUUGAGGCUUUUAAUAUUUCUUACAAUAAUACUGGACUUUUCGGCGUUUAUUUUGUCUUUCAUGGAGAAUUAAUUGAACCUUGUUGUAAUGCAAUGAGUACAUUGUUGCAUCCUUUUAGAUACAUUUCAACAAGUAUAACUGAUGAAGAAACUGAAAGGGCAAAGAAUGCGUUAAAAACAAAUUUAUUUUCAAAUUUGGAGACAAACACCCAAAUUGCUAAUUAUAUUGCUACUGAGGUGUUGAGUACCGGAAAGAUAACUCCUCUAUCCGAACUUGAACGCAAAAUUUCGUUUAUUAGUGCGGAUACUGUGCAAGCUGCAAUGAUGGACCAUGUUUAUGACCGGGAAAUUGCAUGCGCGGGAACUGGCAAAGUAGAGGCAUGGCCAAUAUAUCAAGAAAUGCGUGCUUCGAUGAGUUGGUGGCGUUUAUAG